AUGAAUUUUCCACUGACGGCAUCUUUUCUUUUCUCAUUCCAGUAUUCCCUUCUGCAGACGGUUGUGGAAGCAUGCCAAAAGAAAAGGCAUUGUAAAUUUCUAGCCUCACCGAAAACCUUCGGUGGCGACCCCUGUCCGGGUCACCGAAAGUUCGUCGAAGUAGCUUAUAAGUGUAGACCAUAUGAAUUUCGCAGCAAAAUAGCGUGUGAGAACGAUGUUAUACAAUUAAUUUGCAAUCCAUACUCGAGGAUAGCGAUCUACAGUGCCAGCUACGGUCGGACGGAAUACGAGAGCCUGCAGUGUUCUCAGCCACAGGGAGUAAAAGAGGAAACAUGCCUUGCAUCUUACGCCACCGAGACUGUCAUGCAAAAAUGCCACGGCAGGAGAAAAUGCACGUUGUCAGCAGAUAGCCCAACUUUCGGCAAGCCAUGUCGUCCCGACUCGAGGAUGUAUUUAAAAGUUGUUUACACAUGUGUGCCUCGAAAGGUGCUAAAGGAUCGUUUCGAAGCAGCACCGGAAGCAGAUGAGCCACUGCAAAGUGACUUGGAACAGGACCACGACGGCCAGUACGACGAUGACCAGUUUUUCCGUGAAUCGGAAGCAAUCCCACCCGGACCGGCACCGAAGCUGCAAGGAGGUCCAACCAAUAAUCGAGAAUCGUCAGACAUUCCAGGCUACAUUGCUGCCAGUAGUACACCGCCUGUGCCACCACGCUCGAUGCAGGACAUCAUAGAAGACAACGAGUUUUCUUUCGAAGAGCACCAGGAGAAGUUCUACAUCUACCUGAUUGUGGCGGUGGCAGUUGCAAUCAUUCUUUGCCUUUCGAUAGUGAUUGGACGAGUAGCGGUGCGGAAACGCCGCACCGGAAAGGAAACCGAUAAAUUCCAGACAUCAAACACAGGUGAAACGACGCUCCCAAAUGGCUUCACCGACGAUAUAUCGGAAAUAGAUGCGGAUAUCGAUUUACAAACUCCACUGCCGGUGCCGAGCGUUUCCAGAAGUGAUAGCUACGGGGCAUACACUCCCUCACCAGGACCGUACGGAAAUCUGGGACCAUCUAAUAUAUCACAUACCUCAACCACAAUGCUGGUGCCACCAUGUUCGAUGGGCGCAAUGAUGAACACCACUCCACCCGCUGGCUAUCUGAGCGGACCAAUCAAUAUCAUACCAUCUCAGUUUAGCCACAGCAUAGGUGGCAUCCGUACUCCAAUUGCAGCCAUGAGUACCCUGCCUCGGCCUCACCACCAGCUCCCUCCAGUAUUUUUAGGAGGAGCUGGCUCGGUGAUAGGGCAAUCGCAAACUCUAAGACGACCGUCCAGCGACCUCGAGGGAAACACCCCUCGCAGCCUCAGCAGAGGGGCAGCAAACACUCAGUUCUACUAUGGAUGACAUCCGGUUUCAGGUCAGCAGUCCGCUCCAUUCAAGCAAACACAAUCCACCCCACUGCAGCCUCAGUCCAUAUUGAAACAUAAAGAACCGACCAUCAGUGAAGCAGAAGAUACCUUGGUAAUGUGUCCACCUAAUCGAACAUAUUGUUUCUAGAAUUGCAACAUUAUCUUGUUGCGAAAGCAGAGCACCCUACUUAACUACCAAAGCGACAAGGAUCUUGUGUAUUUGUAAUUAAUUUGGAUCCUAUCCCUGCAGCCUUGGUAUAAAGUAGUGCUUAAGGCAAGAGAUGCAAUUGACAAAUAAACCCAACAGAAUACAAAGCAAAUGGAAUGGCAUUUUACUUGUUAGCCCAGAACCUCCAUUGUGAUAAGAUCUUCAAAGAAAGCUGCAACCAAAAGAUUAUUAAUUUGUUUGAAGUGAAACUUGUUGUGUAAUUCCAACAGUGUUGAUAAAACAAGAUUUGUGAAACGAGUGCAAUAAGUUGUCCAAUGGAAUCUGAAAUAGUAAGACUACACCGCUGAGCGGGAAAUAUGAAAAUUAAUCCUUUUACUAAUGGUAUGGAUGUUGUAAAAAAAAACAUUCAUAUACAUUUCUAAAGGGAUUGAACGAAACCUACGUAGCGUCAAACGUUGAUCGCACAUGUACUUAAAUAACGCGAACGUGUUGUAUUGUCGUUUUUCUACUGUCAUAGUUUAAAAUUGGUAAUCAGGGUAUCGUGCAGAAAAAAAAGAUUCCCUUUGUUUGUGUGAGACCAAGCAGAUUAUAUAAAUGUAGUUUAUUGAUCGGAGAACAAUUUGUACUUGAAUGGAUUACAUAGGAUCUUCACAAAAAAGCUAAAUAUAAGUCGUAAGUACUGAUCAAUUUAAAACAAUGUACAGGUAUUCGAGACACGAUAAUAUUUUGUAAAAAAGUAAAUCAAAUCGAAAUGAUUAAAUAUAGUGACCUAGUUAUCUAGACAAAUUAAUAGUAAGAAUUGCGACUGGAUUUGAGGGAAAACGUAUUCUAGAAAAUUUGUACACACUGUACAGAUAAAGCUGUUUAUUUAGAUUUUGUUUUCGAUUGGAUAAAAGUAAUUUUUAUCAUUAGUGAA